AUGAAGCUUCUGGUCUUGGUCUUCUUUGUAGUAUUUGGUGCCACAGCGUCACCACAGGGGUAUAACCUUCGACCUCCUUCCGGUCCAUCUUUGCUUUCAAGAAGAUGUAGCGCCGGACAGGUGUUGCAUGUGGACGGAGUACAAGAUCCAGAUCCCAUUAUAGUACCUCCGCCAAAGCAGGAACACAUUGUGUAUGUCCUAAAUAAGCAGUUAGAACAGAGUCAGAAAGUGAUCCAAGUCCCGGCACCGCCACUUUCCGACCUGAGGUUUUACUUCGUCAAGUACGCUGAAGGUGAGAACCCAGUCCUCCCCAUCGGAGUGGACCUUGAGACAGCCUUGACCGCAGCAGACCAAGGAAAUGGCCAAUCAUCCGUUGGCGACAGUAGCAUUGGUGGUACUCAGGAAUCGACCGGUGCUUUCGGAGUUUCAGGUAAUUUUCGAGGUAUUUUUGGUUUGGGAAGAACUGCCGAUUCAAGAACUACUUUCGGUCUCGGAGAUGUCAGCAAUUCUGUAACUAACACUGGAUUGGGAAAUGGGAUCGACUCAAGCACCAACGGCGGUCUCGGAGUAGGAGGAACUGCCAACGGUAAUGCCGGUUUGGGAAGUAGCGUUAUCUCAAGGACUGACGGCGGUAUAGGAGCUGUAGAUAAUUUUUGGAAAUAA